AUGGUUCGGCGCCAAAUGCCGCCGCGCGCCUGCAAGAGCAAGAGCCAGAGCUCCGCCAGACCCAGUCUUAGUCCCAGCCGCCUGGCCAAGAAGCCCAGCCUGACGCCGACCACCGGUUCUCAGGCGCCAUCGCAGACCAUCGCAAAGUCGAGGCCCACCGGUCUCGAGACGAUUUUUGAACGGCCCGGCAAUGAGGACGACGGGCCAACCAGCAGCCAUGCCGUGGCAUUCGGCGAGUGCCAGCGCCGCGUCCUCGCCCUGGUUACGGGCGAAAAAAAAAGAACCCUGUCGCAGAAGAGCUGCCUGAAGGUGCGCAACACCUUGGGCGAACGCAGCACCCGGCACAUGAUGACACUGCGGGCGUCCCGCACUACUUUGGACAGCGUAAUGCUCGGGGGCUCGGACGAUGAAGGCGAGUCGGUCGGAGUCGCUCCCGCAGUCGCUCCCGUAGCUGCUCCCGAAGUCGUUCCCGCUGGAGGAAAUGCCGGUACAAAUCAGCCGGCACCAUUCGUGCUGCGCAACAGCAGGAGGCUCAAGAGUCUGCCUCCGUUUUAG